CGCCUAGCCUUUCACCGAUCUGAAAUUUACGUAUAAAAGCCAAUAAACAGGAUCGCGAAACUAGCAUACCACUAUCUCGUCAGUUGACAGAUAACUAUACCAGUGUCAUCAUCGGAGAGAUUUACGAUUUGUGUUUAGAAGCGCGGUAUUAUUAGAAUAUACUUAAAGAGUAGUUAAGAUGGGCUGUUUGGAAACUCUAAAGCAGGAAUUCCGUUGUCGAGCUUUUUUACUUGGAGGCACGAAACCAAACUUAUUUGUAACACCCCAGGGCAGAUGGCUUGGAAUGCCAUGGACCUUCAUGACAUAUCGUCUAGCGAUAGCUGUAUAUCAGCUAAUCUUCGUAAUUCUCACUUUGGUAUAUUGGGGUGAGGCACCUCUCUACAGUGCUGUAGACACCAGGGCAAAAUGGUUAAUCUACAUCUCCAACUGGACCUAUCUUUUCGUCUUGGUUUAUUUCAUCAUCGCCGCUAUCAAUACCUUCUACUGGCACCUGGGGCACGAAAAGAAAGACCAUGUGGAUAAAUCUGGUGAAAAAAUUGAGAUGAGCAAUGCCAAUACAACAGAUGUAGAGACGGCAUCACCAUCAAGAGAAGAUGAAUCUACUCCGUGGUAUUUACAAAUUCAACGAUUCUGCCAGGUGUACUCUUGUUCUGCAUCAGUCUUUGUCACCAUUCUAUUUUAUGCGCUGGUUUAUGAUUCAAGCACUACUGUCAUCCAUGUCUUCAAUGUACACGUCCAUGGUAUCGCCAUGGUGCUCAUGUUUAUUGAUACCAUUCUGGUGGCCACACCCAUCCGUAUCUUACACAUGGUUUACGUGAUGCUUGUUGCAUUUAUUUAUUUCUGUUUUACCGCCAUUUACUACGCAGCCGGUGGGCGAAAUCCCAGUGGUGGAACCCACAUCUACAGUGGUUCUUUGGAUUGGGGAGCCAAAGCUAGUAGAUCGGCUGUCAUAGCUGUAUUAACUGUAUUGGUAGCAGCACCUAUUCUUCAUUUGAUUUUCUAUGCAAUUUAUCGCAUUCGUCUUGCAAUUGGGAGCUUUUGGCAAUGCUGCACACAUCAUGAUUCUGAAAUUUCUACUUCUUAAGAUCUAAAAUAUGUAUUCCCUCCAAAAAAUUGUAUCUCGAUUAUUUUUUUAAUGUGAAUAUUACUAUUAUUGAAGUGUGACUGGUUACUAUGAUGUGUAUUUUUUUUAAAUUAAGAAUAUUUCCAAUAUAUUAGGGGUUUGGGUUACACACACAUACAUGAUCGACUCAUCUAUAUAAGUUUAUUUUCAGUUGGUCUAAUGUCAAUUCCUCCAAUUACCGACUCGCUUACUGUCAUUUGGUCCACUAUGGUCUAAUGACAAUUUAGUCCACUCGCCAUUUCGUCUAAUAACCUGUUGGUCCGAUUGUAUCCAUUUAGUCCAUACAUGCAUUCGGUCUGAAUUUGACUUCAGUUUUAAUUGGUCGAAAUGCUUGUAAAUUAAAUGGAUAUUAGACUAUUGGAGGUAUUAGACUAAAUGGUUACCGGACUGUUGGUGGACAGAAUGGCAUUAGACUAAAUUAAGUUAGACCAUGUGAUGAGCGGACGAAUUAGCAAUAGACGAAUACCCAAAUAUAUAUAUAUAUAUAUAUAUAUAUAUAUAUAUAAGAAAUUCAGGAAAGAACAUAGGACAGAAAAUAAUAUUUUAUGGUUUAAUCAUAUACAUUGUAUUGUUUUUAAUGGAUCACCAUUAAUUUCCAGGGAAUGAUACAAACAAAUCUACGUGGAAGAUAUUUUGAAUGUUGGAGGUUUUAAAGAUGUAUUAGAAAUUACAUAUUUGUGGAAAUUUACAGAUCUAUUAUUUUUCUGUUUUUCAAAACUGAAACAAGCUAUACCUAGUAGAACUUGGCUUUUUAACUCUUUUAGGAGAACCUGAAAGAUCUGCGGAGCUUGAUACAACCAAAAUAAAAGUAGGUAACUCAGUAAAACUUAGAUCAAGUACCUAAAAAUAUUUUUCAAUGAUGUUACACGUCCUUGAAGGGUCAAAUUCACCUUGUUCCUUUGGGAAAAUGUUUCGAAAAUGAGUACAGUCUGGAAUAUUUGUUUCGAAAGAACUUGUUAACAGUAAAAUAGAAUAAACUGAGAUCAAUUAAUUUCAAAAUACGGUAUAAUUCAUUGCGUGUGAAAAGAAACGUACGUAAAUGGCGUUUAAGUGAAGAUGCAAAUUUAAUAGUUGCCAUAAAAGAGGACGUAACACAUGCUUUGAUCACAGGUAAAUUGAAUAAAAGUUUUUAGUCACAUAGGCCCGUAUUCUGAAGUCGGGUUUAAAGUUGUGGUUUAAGUAUGGAGAGCCAAUUGUUGCAUAAUUCAAUUACAGUAGAGAUAUCAUACUUCAGCUCAUUUGGCUAUCAAAUCAUUCAUAAUUGUCUAGGAAGUAUAAAUAGAUGAUUGUCUUCACCAUUGAUGAAUCAGGGAAGAGCACAGUAAACAUAAGAAACAUGCAACUUAAUAAAAAUUUUGAUACUUUUGGCUUCCCACAACUUUAAACCCGACUUCAGAAUACGGGCCAUAUAAUUUAGUUGAUUUAAAAAAGUCUUUAAUAAACACAUUAUUAUUGAUCUUUUGAUAACAAAACCAAGAAACACAAAGAACUAGAUAAUAUCAUUAUUAUAGCGUUUUGGACUGCGUAUAAAUCAAUGUUGUUACGUAACUACAAAGGAGUAGACAAUAUACCAGAUUUGGGUAAGAUGCUAGAAAUUAACUACUGGGAAACAUUCUUGUCUUUUUUCCGCUUGUAUAUAAUUUGAAUAUGUUUAAUGUUUUUCGUUUUGUUAAAGUGAUGUAUAUACAAAUGAUUAAAUAAAUGCUUUUGAAAGAAAAGAAAAAAAGUUCCAAGCGCCGAUCCAUCGAAAGCCCAACAAAAUUUGAAUUGUAUUGUGCAUGAUCAGUAUAUUGUUUCAUUUUCCAUUCAAUUGUAAUUUAUAUAACGUCGAAUAAUACUGACCAUUUGUAAAAGUCAAACUCUUUGACUUAUCUGAUGAGAAUUUUUGUAAUAAAAAUAACAUUUUGAAAUGAA